GAUCCGGCUGGUGCACAGCCUUGCUGAGAGGCGUCUGCAUGAGAAGUGGUCAGUUGCGGGAGCUCUCAUAUUCGGCUGUACUGUGGCACUGUGCUUCUUGAUAAGGGACCUCAUGUUUUACGUGAUUGGUGGAAUUACUGUUUCCAUCAUAGCGUUUGUCUUCACCAUCAAGUUCCUCUGUGAGCUUGCAGCAAGGGUGGUUAGCUUCCUGCAGAAUGAGGACCCAGGGCGACGUGGUGACCGUAGCAUCUAUGACUAUGUCCGGGGCAAUUACCUGGACCCACGCUCCUGCAAAGUGUCCUGGGACUGGAAGGACCCACAGGAGGUGGGCCAGACUAUGAGCUUCAGAGUACAGCUGUUCUAUAAAAAUGGCCAGCCUUUCCCUGCCCAUCGGCCGGUGGGGUUGAGGGUCAACAUCACCCACAUUGAGUUGGCUCUGGACAUCCCUGUCACCCAGGAGGUUCUGCAAGACCCUGACUCCAAUGUAGUCAAAGUGGCCUUCACUGUACGCAAAGCUGGACGCUAUGAGGUCGCUGUUAAACUAGGUGGCCUGAACGUGGCAUACAGCCCUUAUUAUAAGAUAUUCCAGCCAGGAACAGUGGUCCCAUCCAAAACAAAGAUAGCGUACCACUUUUCUACCCUGGUCCUAACCAAUGGCCAGCAACACACCUUGCAGAUUGAGCCCCGGGACGAGUAUGGGAACCCUACGAGUAACUCCACCUCUCUCAUAGAUGAGGCCAACUACAGUGUCCACGUCCACUCUCUGGGCAUGGUAGAUGAUGACAGCCUGGAAGAGUACUACAGUAAGUCCGUGUCAUCCAACAAGCAGCAGUGCCAGGUUUUACUAAAGCUCACCUUGCGGAAGAGGGGCUGCUUCCGGGCCCGCAUCUCCUACAAAGACCAGCCACUCAGCAACGGGGAGUUUGACAUCAUCGUUCUCAGUGAGAAUGAGAAAAACUGUGUGGAGAAGAAUGUAUCCACGCCAGGCAUCAGUAUUUACUUUGAGGCAUACCUCUACAGCAGUGGGAACUACAGCAGCUCCUCCUGGCAACUACCGGCCUCAUCUCUGCUGGCUCCCCAAAGGAGGCCCUCCAUGGGGGAUGAGGAGGAAGACCAUGACUCCCCUGUGGAGGGACAGCCCGAGAAGGUCAAGAAACCAAAAAAGGUCUAUUGUUACAUAUCACCAAAGCAACUGUCUGUGAAGGAGUUCUACCUGAAAAUUAUUCCUUGGCGCCUUUUCACCUUUCGAGUAUGCCCAGGGACCAAGUUCACCUACCAUGGUCCUGACCCUAUUCACAAGUACCUGACUCUGGUGGUGGAUGAUGGGAUACAGCCUCCUGUGGAGCUCAGCUGCAAAGACAGGAAUAUCAUGGCUGCCACCUUCAUUCGCUUCCUGCACAAGAACAUUGGUGGCUCUGAAACGUUCCAAGACAAGGUGAGCUUCUUCCAGCGUGAACUCAGGCACAUCCACUCAAAAAGACCUCGCACCAAAACCUGCCUAAAAAUUGCACGCCACUCCAUUCUUGAUUCGUCCCUGAAGGCUACAAGGAACUUCUCAGUGUCAGACUGGAGCAAAAACUUCGAGGUGGUGUUUCUGGAUGAGGAAGCUCUGGACUGGGGAGGCCCUCGUAGGGAGUGGUUUGAGCUUAUCUGUAAAACCUUGUUUGACACCUCCAACCAGCUAUUUACGCGGUUCAGCGACAACAACCAGGGCCUAGUUCACCCAAAUGCAGACCGGCCACCUCAUCUGCGUCUGAAGAUGUAUGAGUUUGCUGGCCGCGUUGUAGGGAAGUGCCUGUAUGAGUCUGCUCUGGGUGGAGCCUAUAAGCAGUUAGUCCGGGCUCGCUUUACGCGUUCCUUUCUGGCCCAGAUCAUUGGCCUCAGGAUGAACUACAAGUACUUUGAGACAGAUGACCAAGAGUUUUACAAAACUAAAGUCUGCUUCAUCCUAAACAAUGACGUGAGUGAAAUGGACCUGGUGUUUGCUGAGGAGAAGUACAGCAAGAUGGGACAGCUGGAGAAGGUAGUGGAACUGAUAUCAGGGGGAGCCCAGAUAGCUGUCACCAAUGACAACAAGAUGCAUUAUCUCAACCUGUUGGCACAGUACAGACUGGCUAGCCAGGUUAGAGAUGAGGUGGAGCACUUUCUGAAAGGUCUGAAUGAGCUGGUUCCAGAAAACCUGUUAGCCAUAUUUGAUGAGAAUGAAUUGGAGUUGUUGAUGUGUGGCACUGGUGACAUAAACGUGCAGGACUUUAAGGCUCACGCAGUGAUUGUUGGAGGAUCGUGGCAUUUCAGAGAGAAGGUGAUGAAAUGGUUCUGGGCAGUAGUGUCCAGCUUCACACAGGAGGAGCUGGCUCGUCUGCUGCAGUUCACCACCGGCUCUUCCCAGCUCCCCCCUGGGGGCUUCAAUACCCUCUGCCCCUCCUUCCAGAUCAUAGCUGCCCCCACACACAGCACCUUGCCCACUGCACACACCUGUUUUAACCAGCUGUGCCUCCCUACCUAUGACUCCUAUGAGGAGCUGCACAAGAUGCUGAAGCUGGCCAUCAGUGAGGGAAGUGAGGGCUUUGGCAUGCUCUGAGUAUCCCUGACCCCAAUCCUUCGUUGGAGUUUGGUGCCAUCGGCACCGUGGUUCCACUCAGACAGCAGGAGACUAGCAGUGUCCACUCCAGUGUUCCUGUACUCCUGCAACACCUUCUGCAAUUGUUUCGAACAGUGUGUUUCUCACAGAGAAUCACC